GACUAAAGUCAGUCCUCUCUCCUCAGGCCAUAUAAUCACUGCUUUAUGCGGACAAGUACAAGUCGGUACAAAAGCCCUGCUAUUCCUACCUUAUUUCAUUAGGAUCGAUUGUACAAUUGAACAGGGCAAUGGAGAAGAAAUAUCCACACUUUACUUUGAGGACCUUGUUGAGCUUUCUGCUUGUGUUUUUGCUUCACAGAUCAACUGAAGCGCAACAGAUAUGCUCCAUGCCUGGGGCAACGCCUCCCACUAUUAGAGAGAACAACGCUGUUGGUGCUGUUGUGACCACAAUCACCACAGAAGAAGGAGUGAACCUAACUAUUGCCAGUAAUCCUGCAGACUCUUUUGGUCUGAAUGGCAAUGAUCUUACAGCGGUAAAAGUUUUGGACUAUGAGACUAAAACGUCUUUCACCAUUGACCUUCUUUGUGAAAAAGGUGACCAAUUUCUCACUCUAAUAAUAGUGGUACUUAUUGAGAAUGUGAAUGACAACCCGCCAGUAUUUGCAGAAAGCCAGUACACUCUCAAUGUCGAUGAGUUGUCACCUGUAGGCAAAAGUGUCGGUGCAAUUGUAGCAACAGAUGCAGAUAAGGAUCGACUCUAUUACAGCCUAGUGCCAGAUACAGAGGGUUUUAGACUGCAAGAAAACAGCCCAAAUAUACUAGUGCAACAUGCUCUUGACUAUGACGCAGUGACAAGUGUGACACUUAUAUUAUCUGCUCAGGAUACCCCCUCAUCCACACCACCUUCAUUCACUGCCACAGCCACUAUCCAUGUCAACAUCAUGGACAUUGACAACCGUCCACCAUGGUUUCAGCCCUGCACAGAAACCAUACUUGACAUGUCCAAAAUCUGCCUCAGCUCUGGAUAUACAGGAACAGUCAACUUAACAGAGCAAGUGGUUGGUGCAUUGCCAUUGCUGCCAGGUCCGGUGCAUGCCAUUGAUGGUGACAAAGGCUUAAAUGUGCCUAUAAUGUACAGAUUUCCAACCGGGUCUGAAUCUGACAUUUUUCAGAUCAAUCAGAACACUGGGGACAUCACCAUGUCGAAGGCGGCAGAUAUAGCGGGCCCACUGACCUUAACAGUUUUGGCUUUACAGACAUCCAACGGCGACCAGUUUGCGACCACAACGGUCACUAUCGUUGUUGUGAAAAAGAGUGUGAACCCGCCGCAGUUUGAGAAGAUGGAGUAUGAGGGCUUCAUCUCUGCAGACGCGGGUGUAGACAGCAUGGUUCUGGAGAGCAAAGCCUCCAACAGGCCACUCAAGGUCCAGGCCAAGGACACAGACUAUGCUGAUGGCAUCAACCCUGAUGUGAGAUAUGAGGUUCAGGGAAGCACUGAAUUCACCAUUACCCCGCAAGGCUUCAUCCUCAUGACUAAAAACGUUAUGCCAGGCACUGUUUCCAUGAAUUUGCAUGCCAUCGACUCAUCCAAUGCAGAAUCAACUACAGCAGCUCUCAAGGUGGAGGUCAUGCCAGGGAUUACAACCAUGGCCCCAACCACCACUGACAUGGCCACCACUGUUAUGGCCACCACUGACAUGGCCACCACUGUUAUGGCCACCACUGACAUGGCCACCACUGUUAUGGCCACCACUGACAUGGCUACUGCCACCCAUGCCGCCAUCAACUCCACAACAGAAGGGGUUCUUGGGGCCCCAGGUGGGUAUGGUCCUGGGGACAUGGCUGCCCUGGGUGCUAGCCUGGCUGUGUUACUGGUCGUCUCUAUGGUCGUCAUCGGCCUGCUCGUCUUCCGCAUCCAGAAGGGCAAGACAGAUUGGAGGAAGCUGUCAGAGGCCAACAUCUUCCGUAGCUCUCUUGGGAAAGGUCCCGGUGAACUCAAGGAUGGGGUGCAGUACACCAACGAGGGCUUCCAGAAUGACGGAGACACUAGCAGCGUGGGAUCCAAAGGCCCAGAGGAGAUGGAUGGGAAGCGGUCCAUCGGGAAUGGAGUGACCUCCAGAGCUGUGGAGGAGAAUGUCAUGAAGGUCUCGGCUCCACUGUACUCCAACCUUCUGCUUGACACCAGCAGCCUGGCAGGGUCUGAUAAGGCCGACAGCGAGAAGGAGGUGAAGCCCAUCCUGACCAAGGAGAGGCGUGUGGAGGAGGGCUACAAGUCAGUCUGGUUCAAAGAGGACAUUGACCCCAAUGCCAAGGAGGAAGUGGUCAUCAUACCUGACAAUGGGGAGCGGGAAGGGGACGACGAUGAUGAUGAUGAGGAAGAGGAGGGGUUUAGAGAGGAGGAAGAAGAAUAUGACAACUCGUCACCACAGACCCCAAAGGUGUUGUUCUCUGAUGCUGAUAUGGAUGAUGGCCGUGGAGUGAGGUUUGAGGAUUUUGAGAAAGAAAAGAUCCAGACGUCUGACCUGUGAGGAGUAGAGGGGUAGGCCUGCACUGGAUUUAGCUUGCCUUGUCUGUUUGGGUGGAUGAGGUUUUCUUUUUUCGUUCAGUUGUGCCGGGUAAGCUAAAUAUUGCGCAAUUGGAGCCCCAUUUAUAAUUGUUGUGUAAAUUCCACACUAAAUAUCUGUGUGCGCCAUUUCUGAAAAUAAUACGUACGUCUAAACAUAUUGAGAUUUCUAAACUUGGCACAUGCCCUACAAACACAUGUUUACCAUUAUAAUUCAGACCUGUCGUUAAACUGUGCACACAUGGACAAGCAUUCUAACUCUGUCAGAAAAAGUCCUUUCAUUCACCUUUUAUAGUGACAAUAACGCCCUUUAUUUGCUGUAUAAUUUGGAACUAUUGGAAUUAGGCCACGUAGGUUUCUGAAAGAAAGAGUAAUGGCAAAUUUGAUUACAUUUUGUAGAGGUGUGUGCAGAAUGUUUUAGUUUUUUACAGUGACUUUUUCAAACUUAACAUUCAUGCUGCCUAUAGUGAGUGCCAAGCACUUUAUUGAUUGUAUAUGCAAAACAUUUGACUUUGACAGUAUGGGUAUAGGCUACAGUAUUGCUGUGCAAUAGGAGCGUGACAUCAUAGCCUGUUUAAGCCUAUACCAAGACAGGAGAUAGAAACACAAUCAUCGAUUGGUACACUAAAUAUUGAACAACAAUUAGUCUUUUGCGUAAAACUGUGGGCUGUAGCAUUUUACUUAAAACUACUGGUCUAUUUACUGUGUUGGCAGACUGUUUUAAUCUUUUGCAGUAACAUUCUGUAUUUAGCAAAGGACUGUGACAAUUUCUGAAGGAGAAAUGAUGGUAAAUUGUUGUGGACCUGUCCGCAGAACGUCUGACCUCAACAAUGUUUUACGUUGACCUUCCCCCAACCUAAUAUGCUGGACUGCCCGGGAAGGUGAGACAUUUAUUCUGCAAUGGUUAUGAAAAUAAAAUAAAUAGGAAUAGAUUCCUAUGUCUAAUCAUUCAACAACAACAAAAAAUAACAGAAAUUGCUUCAUCUUGUCAUUCUGUUUUUAUGAAUAAGCGUGUCAUAAUAGCAACCAUUUGCACAAAAUACUUAUGCCGUGUUCACAUGCUAGUCGGAACUAGAAAACCAGCCCAUUUUUGACCUGCUAACUGGUUGUAGUUAUACACGAGUCGCGUUCAACCUGUUAGCAAGUCAGACAUUUCUGAGUUUCCUAGUUCCGAUGAGCACGUGAACACAGCAUUACUGGCCUGCUUGCAAUACAAUACUUCAACCACUAGACAAUGUGUGUGCGCGUGGUGUAAAGUUUGCGUGGAGGGACAUUCUCAAGUUAAAUUUUGAGAAAUGCCCAAAAACUGUUUCGUGGUAUAUUUUGUAUGUACGCAACAUUUAUAAAUGAGGCCUCUGAAGUGCUGUACUGUAUGGGAAAGAAAGAGAUGCUAUUUUCUGCACCAGGAUCCCACCUGUCUGAAGCAUCACAUCAACUUUUUACUGCAGUGGGCUAAAUCAGGGUCACACACAGAGUGUUUCUUGGUAGUCUUAAACAAAUAUACUUUGAAACAAAGUAUACACUACACACAUAUGGUUAUGGGCUUAAAAAAAGAAGACACCUGCAUCAUGUCAGAUAUUGAGUUAAAAUGUAUUCAAUUUUGAGCAUCCCAAUAUUACACUUUAUAUACAUCACAGCAGAUUGAAAUAUAACAAAACCGGUUGACGUAGAAACACUGGAUUUUUAACAGGUUUUUUAAAAUGAUGUUUAUUAAUUAUGACAUUUUGAAAAAUAUUAAUAACAUUUCACCCAUGAGGCCACUAGAGGGCGAUUUGGUCAUUUGACUGCAGGAAUGAGGUUUUAGACUACUAUUUUAUUGGACAACAUGUUAGAACUUCUGCUGCUUUUUCAUCAAUCCUGGAAACAUUUAGUCCUGCCAUACUUGCUCUCCAUUAUUAAUCAUGUGGAACUUUGACCCUAGUACACAUCGGAGUCAUGCUUCCUUGUUGCUUACCGAAACUCUGCUGUUCACUAAUCAGUAACUCACUUUAUUGCUUGAUACAGUACUAUUAGAAAAUGUGUUAUCAUACACAAACACAAACAGAAAAAAAUAACAUUAAGUGCAAUGUGAACUCAUUUUGUUUUCCCUCUGUUCGGGUAAGAUCAUUCAUGGCUUGAACUUAAGCUUCAACUUUCUUGUAUCUUUGUAAAUAAUGGAUGUUAAAAAUAAAAUUAUUUAUGUAAUAAUAAAGAACUCAAGUAUGAUUUGACAAACCAAA